AUGACCAAAGAUCAGAAAGCUUUCUAUAAACCCGAAGAGGCCAUAUAUCAUAACGAUGGCCGAGAAGAGCGACUGCUGCAAUUUAUCCGCGCUCAUCCUGGAUAUAACGAGAUGCAAGGAAAUGCCACUCGAAUUCUAGAUGCAAUCGACGAGUACGGUCGUACAACUGACUUCUUGAUGAACGUCGGUUCCGAGAAAGGGAAAGUUGUGGCCCAAGAGUUGAUCCCCAAAUUGCAGCCUGAUCUCAUGGUUGAGCUAGGAGGAUAUGUUGGCUACUCUGCGUUGCUUUUUGGGGCUGCCUUGCAGAAAGCCGGUGGUAGGAAGUACAUGAGCUUUGAGGCAAGUGCCAAGUUCGCUGCCAUAUCCAGUGCACUUAUUGAGUUGGCUGGAUUGGAUGACAUCGUGGAAGUCCGUGUCGGUCCUUGCCGGGACUCUAUUCGGCAACUGCGACAAGAAUACUCUACUGGUGUUGUUGAUGUUUUCUUCAUUGACCAUGCCAAACUGGAGUACGCCAAUGACCUGAAGCUUUGCGAAGAAUUGGGUCUCGUUGGGCCAGGCACAACUGUCAUUGCUGACGAUACGAACUCACCCAACAUUCAUGACUACCUGAAAUAUGUUCAGUCAUCUACAAGUGAGAAAGUGACCAAGAUAGAAGUGGAGAAAGAGUCAGUUGAUACCAAGGGAGCUGCCGACAAGUCUUUUGGAGAUCCCUAUCUGGUGUAUGAAAGCUCACCCAUCAACGGCGUUGGUCCUACAGGAGAACCUGAUGGAUUGGAGGUUUCUACCUGUGUGCGCAUUGAAUCUCACUGA